UGUGGAAACUGUAAAACCCCUAACCCCAAGAUCAGCAAUACAAGAAGGUCCCAGGAGAUUUCCCCGAGCGUCUGUUCUCGGUUUUGGGCUGCUGAGUGUUUUCCCGCUGGUUGUUCUCAUCGGACUCACAGUCUACUGCCGUUACUCAGAAGGUUGUUGCAAGCUGCAGAUCUCUCCGCUGUCAAAGCAAACCUGACUGGGCGUCUCCAGGCCAGAGAUCAGCUGGUCAACCAGCUGAAGGCCAGCCUCACCAAAAAGACCAGAGAGGUGGACAGGCUUCAGAGUUUGAUGGAAAAGGCAAAAACGUGUCCAGAAGGAUGGAGGAUGUUCGGUUGUUCCUGUUAUCUCUUCUCUACUGAGGAAGCUUCUUGGGAACAAAGCAGAGACAACUGCACAGCCGGAGGAGCACAUCUGGUGAUCGUAGACAGUAAUAAAGAACUGGAAUUCAUCUCUAGCAUGACCAAGAAAGACACUUGGAUUGGUUUGAGUGACAGAGAAGAGGAGGGGACCUGGAAAUGGGUGGAUGGAUCUCCACUGACCCUGACGUUUUGGAAAGGAGGAGAGCCUAAUAAUGGAGCAGGGGGGUCUGAAGAGGACUGUGCAUACAUCUAUUCUAACAAAAAUGUUUGGAAUGACGCGUUCUGUUCGGUCGAUCUGCAUUGGAUGUGUGAGAAAGAUUAACAUUGGUUUCUGUUUGGAUACUGUACAUGCAAUCAUGCUUUUACAAUUUAGUUUAAAUCGAGUUAUUUAAAACUAUACAAAAUGUCUGAUUUCAUGAAUAAGAAUUACUUUGCUCGAAUUGAUAAAUCACAAUUUGUUUUUUUUGUGUUUUUAAUCAGGAUUAAUAUCAGUAAUAAAUAAAUAAAUAGUAGUUUAAUUAGUUUUUGCCAAAUUUUGUUUGCCUCAAUUACAUUUGUAUUUGUAUUAAUCCUUUUACCCAUCAACAUAAAAACAGCUUAUUAAAAACAUCUGCUGAUAAGCCCACAGUUCCUGAAAGCUAUAAUAUUAAAGGUGCCUUAUUGAGCAGAAUAUGAUAUAAAAAAUGAAAAUAAAAACUUUCAACAUUAAUGAAUAAUUCAGACAUAUACAACAAUACUCUAGUCUCAGCAUUGGUCUUGUUCAAAUAUGUAAAAUAGCCUGUGUGUUAUACAGUAUGUUUCCUAACAAUGACCUCUUGUGGCCAUGUGAGUAUAAAUCUAUUGCAGGUAUUUAACAUUCACACUUUGUACAUACUGUAAGAACUAGUGCUGUCAAUUAAUACAAAAAUGUAUGUAUGUUUAUCACAAUAAUAAUCUGGGACUUUAACUGCAGGAUUUGCAGGACAAAUUAGAUAUAGCUAGAUCAGGAAAUGGCAACUUUCUUUGAGCAUGCAUACAAAGAUAAAAAACGUAAAAAGAUAUUGUGGGUGUAUUACAUGUUCUCUGACGAGAUAAAGCUUUUCCACUUCAACAAACUGCUGUUAUC